AUGUGCCCCACACUCCUCAGCCUCCUGAGUCUAGGAUUCUGUGUGAGUCUGAGGAUCUGGGCAGCUGUGGGUGAAUAUGAGAAGCACUCUUUGUCAGCCUGGCCAAGCCCUGUGGUUCCCUUAGGACAGACUGUGACUCUUCAGUGUCACUCCUGUUCUCCACUUGCAAUAUUCAGACUGUUCAAAAGAGAUGGGACCAGUUUGCCCGAGCUCCAGGGACAUCAUGUCAACACCUUCACCCUUGGCCCGGUGACCAGAGAUCAUGCCGGGUCCUACACGUGUUGUGGAUUCGACAGGUCUCUCUCUGUGUGGUCUGGUGUCAGUGACCUCCUGCAGAUUGUGGUCACAGGUGUGUUCACAAAACCCGCCAUCUCAGCCCACCCAGGGCCCCUCAUGAAGGCGGGAGAGAAUGUGACCCUUCGCUGUCACUCAAUGCUGUUGUUUGACAAGUUUAUCCUGCACCAGGAAAACAGCACAGGGCAUUUCCAGAGAUGUGGAGAGACGCUCCCGGGUGGGAAUACCUCAGCUGACUUCUUCAUUGGCCCCAUGACCUUGGAGAGUGCGGGCACCUACAGAUGCUACGGCUCUCUCAGCCGCUCACCCUAUGAGUGGUCAGCCCCCAGUGACCCUGUGGAUAUCGUCAUCACAGGUCUGUCGAAGGAACCCUCUCUCUCAGCCCAGGGAGGGCCCGUGGUGAGGUCAGGAGAGAAUGUGACCUUGCUCUGCAGCUCCGAGCAUGCCUUUGACCAGUUCCAUCUGCUCAGGGAGGGGGAGAACCUUGGGAGCCUGCUCGCUGGAAGGCAGGGCCCCCGCGGAGCACUCCAGGCAGCGUUCCCUCUGGGUCCUGGGACCCCAGACCACAGCGGGACCUACAGGUGCUACGGCUCCUUCACUCGAUCUCCCUAUGCAUGGUCAGACCCCAGCGACCCCCUGCUCCUGUCUGUCACAGUUCCAUCUGUGGAGGGUGAGAACCUUGGGCGCCUGCUCACUGGAGACCAGGACCGCUGCGGAGCACUCCAGGCUGAGUUCCCUCUGGGUCCUGGGACCCCAGCCCACAGCGGGACCUACAGGUGCUACGGCUCCUUCACUCGUUCUCCCUACAAGUGGUCAGACCCCAGCGACCCCCUGCUCCUGUCUGUCACAGGUGUGUUCACAAAACCCUCCAUCUCAGCCCACCCAGGCCCCAUAGUACGGGCGGGAGGGAAUGUGACCAUCCGCUGUCACUCACCGCUGCUGCUGGACAAAUUUAUGCUGCACAAAAUAGGCAACGACGGGCAUUUCCAGGGACGUGGAGAGACGUUCACGGGCAGACAUGCCCCAGCUGACUUCUCCAUUGGCCCCAUGACGUUGGCGAGUGCGGGUUCCUACCGAUGCUAUGGCUCUCUCAGCCGCUCCCCCUAUGAGUGGUCAGCCCCAAGUGACCCCGUGGACAUCGUCAUCACAGGUCUGUCCAAGGAACCCUCUCUCUCAGCCCAGGGAGGGCCCGUGGUGAGGUCAGGAGAGAAUGUGACCUUGCUCUGCAGCUCCGAGCAUGCCUUUGACCAGUUCCAUCUGCUCAGGGAGGGGGAGAACCUUGGGAGCCUGCUCGCUGGAAGGCAGGGCCCCCGCGGAGCACUCCAGGCAGCGUUCCCUCUGGGUCCUGGGACCCCAGACCACAGCGGGACCUACAGGUGCUACGGCUCCUUCACUCGAUCUCCCUAUGCAUGGUCAGACCCCAGCGACCCCCUGCUCCUGUCUGUCACAGAAUCCACUACAAGUACUUGCCCAUCAUCCAUGGAUCCACACACCACAGAAGAAGCACGGCUUCCUCAAGGCCACUCCAGCCAGCUGCACCUUCUCCUUAGGCUCUCUGUGGCCUUCAUCUAUACCAGCCUCUUCCUCGCUGUUCUGGUCUGUCACUGGUUACCCAAAAACUAA